AUGCCGGGUAGCCCCCAAAAAAAGAGAACAAAGCGCAAAGCUAUGGACUCUGACCUAAAGGUGCCCGAAGGGCAAGAAGGUUUGGUGAAGAAACCACGUGCUCACGCUGAACUGCCAUCUACCACCAAUCAAGCAGAUGAGUCGCAAAAUCCUCGACGUUCUGGGUGUUCUGGUGCGGGGCAAGGAGGUAGGGGCACACAACUGGAGAAGAUCGGCGCCAUCUUGCAUGCCCCAGCACGGACCAACAAAGUCAAGGGCGCCACAUCCCUCAAUCUGAAUGCUCCUGCAAACCCUCUCGCUCCAGAACCACCUCGCAAGGGUCAGGGCAGCUGUCCUAAGAAGAAGCAGCUCCCUCCGCCAUAUAGCCCCUUGGAGACCCUAAAUGUAAUGACUUCCACAUCACACUCGAAGAAAAGAAAGACUCCCGUCACUCCUACCCCAAGCUUCGAGUUAAAUGAUCACCCAACUUUCUCACAAUGUGAAGCUGAACCUGAUCUUCAGGCGUUAAACAAUCCCUUUGUGGCUGCCGCUAGGAAGUUGCAUGCACUGACUACUUCAGAUGCCUCCCAAAGUGAGAUCAAUAUUGGUACCUCUCACUCUUCCCAAUCUCAGGCUCCUGCUUCCAAAGCUCACCAUAUGAUCACUACUCCUCGUGUCAACGAUCCAGCACCUUCCAGGAUGACUUCAACUAUCACGGCGCGAUCAGACACCAACUAUCCCCAUAAUUUGGAUCCCGUCCUCCGGUUGAGUACACCACUGAAUACCGAUUUUGAAGAGUCAGACACAUCGAGCGAUGAAGGUUCAUCUAGCUUGGAUGAAGGUGGUGGAGAUGAGAUUGGUUGGGGAGAAGUCGGUAGGCGUCAUGAUACACGCCCUGGUUUUUCAAGAGAAGAAUUACCAUCUCAACCUCAGGUGGCCACUGUGCUGCCAACAGAUUUCCACUUUCAGCAUUCACGCGAUGAAGAUGACCAAGUGGCUGAGAGAACCUUGGUGGUUGGCGGUGAUUCGAGCAAGGGUAGUGUAACAACAGAUCAAGAGAGCGCUCCCCAGCCGGACGAUGUCUUGAAGGUCCACCACAAGAGAAAUGGCCAUCCCCACCUUCCUGACCCCGCCCUUCUAGAACUUCUCCGCACUGCUGAGGUAGAUGCUCCCAACUCAAAGGCUAAACCAAAGGCCAAACGGAAUCAGAAAUCGAAGAAUUUUCUUGAGGAUGUGAAGGGGGAGUGUCACACCCAGCAGGCAUUGGAAAAACCUUUUCCAAGCCUUGUCGUUGACUUGCCCAUCUCAAUCACUGAAUCGCUCUCGGCAUUGCUCGUGCAAUGGCUCAAAACCGGCCAUGAAGUUGAUGCUGGUGUGUGGCCCAUGCACAAACCUGAUAUGUUGUAUGAUGAUCUGGCAACUUGGCGCUCUGAUCUGAAAAAAAUUGUCGUCGCAAUUACACCUUCCACAUAUGGCCUUGUCCCACCGGCUGAUACUGCCAUUCAAGAGCGCGCAGCUUGGGUUGAAGCAGCUGCUACAGAAUUAUUGGAUGAUGGCAAGUUUCUGCACUUUGGGCUAGACAAUUUGGGGAAAACGAGGAACUUCACUCACCCUGCGCUUCUUGAGGCUACUGUUGAAAAGAAGUCAUUUUGCAUUCGGACAGAUUAA